AUGGGUCUUCCAUCGAUAUCUGAAAAUAAACAUCUGAAAACGAAUGGUACUGUCCACAGGAUACUGUGCUAUACGCUUGCAACCAUUUUAGGUAACUAUGCAAGACAAGGUUUGGAGUAUUUGACCAAUUACGAACCUUCUUAUGUUAGGCCUACCACGGUGUUAUGGGCUAACUGUGGUGGUUGUAUUAUGAUGGGUCUAUGCCAGGAUUUACGGGAGUUAUUCUUUUAUGCAAACGAGUAUCAUGUGUUAUUCUUGAGCAUAACCACUGGGUUUUGCGGUUCUUUUUCUUCAUUCUCAACUAUGAUUAUUGAAAUGUUCACUUACUCGGCCAGUCUAACCAACGAAAAUAUCGCCACAGGUAGUCGAUUACCAAAUAGAGCUUACGGUAUCAUGGAAUUCCUUUCUGUUAUGAUUGUACACCUUGGUGUAUCCUUAUCAGGUUUACUACUGGGUAGGAAACUAGGUAAAGAAGUCCUAAUCCCAUACUUCAUUUCCAGACCAACUAAGACAGAGGUUUCAUUAACGGAUAAUGAACCUACUGAACCAUCAGAUAAUAGCGGAGAAGUUAUUGAAAAGACUGAUUCAUAUGUUGAACCAGAAUACUAUACACCUAGAUGGUGCGUCUAUAUCCUAUUUGGUUUAGAUCUAUUUUUGACUUACAUGUCAAUUCCUAUCUUGGUUAUGAUCAUUAUUUUGACAGCUUUUUACGGAAACUAUUCAAGAGGUGUGUGGACACUGCCUGUACUAUUUGGUAUCCCUGGAUCAUUUUUAAGAUACUACCUUUCCAAAUGGUUCAAUAACAGGAAGUCCUUGAGCAUGUUCCCAGUUGGUACAUUCAUUGCUAACAUCUCUGCUACCUUAAUACUUUCUAUCCUCAUUAUGGUACAAAGAGGACAAAAAAAUAGUCAAACACAUGAAAGAAUUAUCAACAAUAAGAAUACCUGUCAUAUUGUCCAGGCUUUGGGAAGCGGCUUCUGUGGUAGUUUGAGCACUGUAUCCACAUUUAUCAACGAAGCCCACCAGAAGGACAUCAGCUAUAUUCUUAGAUAUUAUUUCAUUACCAUUUUUUGUGCCUACUGCUUGUGCGUAAUCACAUUGGGAUCUUACUCCUGGACUCGUGGCUUGACACUACCGGUUUGUUAA